AUGGUCGUAACGUAUCUUGAUGCUUGGUUUACGACUGUCUCAACCAUAUGUAGCUGCGGUUUGACUACCAUAGAUUUUGCUCAACUUUCUCGUGCAUCACAGCUUGUUAUGAUGGGUUUUGCAUUCAUAUCAGGUUUUGCAAUGAGUACAUUGCCAGCACUUAUAAUUAAAGCUCAAACUCACAAAACUACUCAAGGUACCAACGUUGAUGAUGAUAAUGAAAAAUAUGAUCCAGAAAAUGAUGAUGAAUUAGAAAUGUCAAAUCUUCGAUGGGAUCAAAAUUUGCCGUCACAUAUUCGUGCCGAAUUAGCACGGUUACCAACACCUGUAAAACUACGUUAUCGUGCAUAUAUCAUGUGUAUCGUUCUUAUACUGAGUCUUUACUUUACUAUUUAUACUACUGGUUUCAUUGCUAUUGGUACAUGGCUUCAGACACAUAAUAGUCCAGAAUAUUUAAUGCAAAACAAUGUUACUCUCAAUCCAUGGUAUAUAUCAGGUAUGCUGACUCUUUUCAGUUUCAAUCAAAAUGGCUUAACACCUUUCUCAACAAGCCUUUCACGCUAUGCUGAUGAUGUUUUUCUCAAUAUUGUUCUGGUUUUAUUGGUGAUGAGUGGCUCGUCUUUCUUUCCAAUCAUUCUACGUAAUGUUGUUUUUCUCUCACGUCAACUUGCUCCUUGGCGUCAUAAGGUUAUUUUCGAUUAUAUUCUUUUGAACAAUCACCAUCUAUCUACUCUUCUAUAUCCUACUCUACAAACUCGCAUCUACUUUUUUGUCACCAUUAUACUAUAUUCAAUGGGUGUGGGUAUUUCACUCAUACUUGAUUUAGGCAGCAAAGACUUACAACAAUAUAGUCCUGGUAUACGUUUUAUCAUUUUUCUUUUUCAAACAGUAAAUUUACGAUUUUGUGGUUUUCAAUCGUUCGAUAUUAGUUUAUUUGCAACAGCAACACUUCUCGUCUAUUUAUUAUUGAUGGCGACUAAACCACAAAUGUUAUGUGCACUUGAUGAAUCACCAUUUGAAAUAUAUUGGUUAACUCUAGAAGCGCAAGCACAAGUUGAUGCUGAAACAAACAAUAACCAAACAAACAUGUCGAAGUCACUCCCGCUAAUGUUACAACGUGCAAUGUCGAUCACAUCAGCAACAGGUGCUGACGUUCCGCUCUUCAAACAAAUGAAAGGUUUUUUACGUCGGCAAAGUCUUGCCACUAAAGAACUUGCAAGAAAAGAAUUCUCAAGAAACAAUGAUGAUGAGAAAAUCAGUCCGAAAUACUCAAAACGUAUUAAAGCUUUACGAUUACGUUUAUUUCUUAUUCAUUUUAUUCGAGCACUUUUUAAACAUGCAUUUGACUUUUUCGUAUUAACACGAACUUGGUUGUUCGUUUUCAUUUUUCUUAUAUGUACUAUUGAAUAUCGUCGAAUGACACCAGUCGAUCCAGAUAUUACACUUUUAAAGAUUAUCUUUGAGAUCAUUUCUGCUUUUGGUGGAGUUGGUAUGUCUCUUGGCUAUCCAAAUAAGACAACAAGCUUUGCUUCUAUUCUUUCUGCUGGAAGUAAAGUCAUACUUAUUGCAACUAUGCUUAUGGGUCGACAUCGUGGUUUAUUAGCAUCGAUGAAAGAUCAAGAAGUAAUUGAAUAUAGUGCUAUGUAUAUAUUGGUUCGUCGACGU